UGACCCGGGAAGAUCAGUGUAUCGUCAAACUGUUUAUGCGGACUGCCCAUGUGUUUCACGGCAGGCUGCCUUCACGUGCUGGCAAGUUGGCUGUUGUGAAGCGCACAUCAGCAUUCACCAUGAACAGCAUCGCAGCCAAAGACGCCUACUUCCAGAAGCUGGCCAGCAAAGUGUGUGCGUCGCAGAGCCAGGAGGCACGCAAGAGGCCGUUUGUUCCACAUAAGGGCGGCACAGUGAACAAAGGGAAAAAGCAGAAAAAACAGAAACCCUCAACAAACAAGGCUGCCGACCAAAAGAAAAAGGGAUUUACAAAGAAGGGGCAAAGAGCAGAGCCGGAGAAGGCGAAGCAAGAAGCUGUUCAAAGAGCCGAGCCGAAGGGGCAGGACGGCACUUUAAAGAAGAAGCCCAAAGCUGAAGGUGAGGGAGGAGAUGUUCAAAGCUUCUCCACUAUGGAUAUUUUAAAGCAAAGGCUCCAUGAGAAGAUGGAGGAGUGCAGGAAUGCUGGCAGUGCCACCAAGUCUUUGUCAGCUGAGGAGCUGGAAAGGAAACGUUCACGAAGAAAACUGGAGAGAGAGCGCAAGAAACGCAAGCGAAAAGAAAUGCGAAUGAAGAAACUUCUGGAGCAAAAGGCACAAACCAUUAAAGAGGAGGAGAGAAAGGAGACGAACGCGCAGAAGAGCAGCGUCCCCAAAGCAGAAGCUGCCACGGCCGGCCCGAUGGUGUUCAACAAAGUCGAAGUGGGCGACGAGUUCGUCGACAAGGUUCAGAAGAAGAAGGAGAAAAAGAAGAAGAUCAAGGGCACCCUGACGCCGCUGACGGGCAAGAACUACAAGCAGCUCCUGAGCCGAGUGGAGGAGAGGAAGGCCAAGCUGGAGGAGCUGAAGAGCAAAAACUCCAGCAAAGCCCAAGAGCUGGAGAAGAAGAUGAAGUGGACCAACGUCCUGUACAAGGCCGAGGGCCUCAAGAUCAAGGACGACGAGGACAUGCUGAAGACCGCCCUCAAACGCAAGGAGAAGAAGCGCGCCCAGAAGAAGCAGCAGUGGGAGAAGCGCAGCGUCCACGUGCUGGAGAAGAUGCAGCAGCGGCAGGACAAGCGCAAGAAGAACAUCCAGAAGCAGAAACGCGGCAAGCUGGAGAAACGCAAGGCGAAGGCGCAGAAGAGGGGCAGGGUGCUGCCUGGAGAUCUGGACAAGAUGAAGUGAGAGCCCCCCGGGAUGGAAGAUUGUUACCCAUCAGCAGUAAUCGCAACCUUCCUGCCCUUCCAUCGUAUAGCGCCUUGAACCAAGUCCCAAAGCAGGGGUACACGGGCAGGGCAGCCUGGUGUGACUUUUGGGGGGUCCUCCUCUGUUUGAUUUUACCUGUUAACUCCGCUCCCCCUCAUCUGGCUCUUCAAACGGACUCCAUAAAGAGGGUGUGAGCCCACCCAGACCAAAGCAAACCUCCAUGGCGUGACUGGCUGCCAGCAUGAAGAUGUCACAUCAUCACAGGACCUUGGUGAGCGACUGGCGGUGCCAUAUGUCAGUCUGUGUGGGAGGAGAGGCGCUAUAUAAAAAGGAACCCUGAGGGUGUCGCGGUAAGUGGGCACCCUGCGUGGGCCUCGCUGCCUGUAGGUGAUCCCGUUGUUCAGACACGGCUGGCAUCAGCCUAACCCAUUAAAAAUAAAAGUGCAGAAGACUC